AUGCUCGAAUACCUGAGCACAGCAAAGACACCUAUUCAUGGCUUUGAGCCACUUGCCAGAGAGUUCAUCGAACUCUGUCAGGUGUUAUGGUCCAUUGAGGCCGGUGUCACGGAAGCUUCGAAAACACGAAGUGGAUUUCCCGUCGAGGUAUCUCAAGAACUUGACAGAAGGGUCCGCCAAGUCAACGAAGAGUUCUCUGUUUUGGCCCAAAUGGUCAACAAGUUUGUCGACAAGGAGAACCACAAAGGCGGCUUUGGCAUGAAGUUCCGAAUGAUGUUCGCCGACACAGAUGUCGAGAAAAUGCGCCACACACUGUCACGAAGUCGUGACUCCCUCAAAGUCAGCUCUGCUAUGUUCAGGUGGACACUAGGCGACGCGCGAGCCGAUGCUUCCAUGGGCAUUGGAUAUGCCGGACUGAUUGCCGCGUUGGAGCGACUGAACCCAAGCAAAGCUUCCAGCCUUCCACCUCUACACCCAGCGCCGACAUCCGAUCUUCCACCGACACCACCUACAAAAGCUCCGAGCAAUCAUGGAGACCACCCCCUCUUACCACCUUCACAUCCUUCACACCGUAUGGACAGACCGUCACUGAACGAACUUCGCCACGAGGAAGGACACUCGUAUGACAGUCAUAGUUCAAAUUUCAGGCACGAGGACACUGGCCUCUCGCCAGGAAUCGUUGAUCUUCACAAGAACUGGCGCGCACCAGCCAGCGCUCGUUCCAGUGAAUCAACCAGGGACACAAUGUACCAUCAGAAUGUUCGGUAUCACGAGGAUCCGGUGUACGAGGAUGUCGCAUCUCACUCCUCUACCCGGUCGCCCACCAUGGAAGAGAAGUUGCACAGUCUCAAUGUCAGCGAGCGCUACAUGGACGAUCAUCACUCUUCAUCCAAAGUGGAUUCUGCCAUCACAUCGCCGCACUGGGCGCCACGCCAAAGUGGGGGCUCCAAGAAUGUUGGUGGCAAGGCAGCACUCUUCAACGCUGUCGAACAGAGGAGGCACCGGAUGCUCGAGCAGCUCCUUGACGGCGGUGCUAAAGCAGAACCUCACAUGGAGUCAGCAAUGCUUCGCGUCGCUGCCCAAAAUCAAGACGUGGAGAGCAUCACGCUACUUCUACGAUAUGGUGCGGAUGCGAACGGUUUCGACCGCGAAGGUGUCACUCCCUUGUUCGCCGCCACUCGUGCCCAAUGUCUUGAAUGUGCGAAGACACUGCUAAAGCAUGGCGCUGAUCCUAACCUGUCCGCCGGCCCCGAUUCCGAAUCACCCCUAGCGCUGGCUGCGUCUCAGAACUCUAUUGAUCUCGUUCAAUUAUAUCUCGCCAAUGGCGGCGAUGCUGGCUUCAUCAUGGAAAAUGGUUCUACGGCACUCGUAUCAGCCAUGAACAAGACCACUUCGCCCAAGUGUGUUGAAAUGCUCCUGAGCGCGGAUGGCGAUGCCAACGCAAAGAAUGGAGAGGGUACAACGGCCCUCUUCCAGGCUAUUCAGGCGAACCGUGUAGAUCUCAUGACUGUGUUGCUCGACCACGGAGCGAAUCCCAACCUUCCGGGCCCUAAGCACCCGCUCUGGCCAUCCACCUACAAGCCAAAAGCUCUUCAGCUGCUGCUUUCUCGCGGUGCUGACACCAAGAAGACACCAGGUGUCAUGGAAUUGGCUUCUAGUCUUAAGAAGCUGGAUUCCAUCAAGAUCCUCAUGGAAGCUGGUGUAUCACCCAACCUGCGGAAAGACGGAGUCUACACACCACUCUGCUCAGCUAUUCGUGACAACAGCCCGGAGAUCGUCACUUAUCUGCUAGAGCAUGGCGCAGACCCCAACUUCAACGCUGCGGAGUACCCGGCCUUCAAGUGUAUCACACACAAGCGCACGCAUUUCCUCCCGCAACUGGUUGCCGCUGGCGCAGACCUUAACAAGCCCAAGGGUAUUAUCGAAACGGCUGUCAAGUUUAACGACAAGGACGCGAUGAUUUACCUGCUCGAUCAGGGUGUCAACCCCAACGACCGCACACCGGACGGAUGCACACCGCUUACCACUGCCAUCAACGACGAUCACGGCGAGCUUGUCGAUAUCCUUCUCUCUCGCGGCGCAGACCCAGCCAUCCGUGGCAAGGAUUGGCCUCUAUGCAUGGCUGUCAAGCGCCCCACCAUUCUCAAGAAACUCCUUGCCGCAACCCCCAACCCACGUGCCUUCCGUGGUGUCGUCGAGAUGGCUGUUGUAGCCAAUCAACUCGAAAGCAUCAAGCUUCUCCUCGCAGCAGGCGUUAGCGUCGAAGACAAGAACUGCGGUGUCUUCUCUCCACUCACAACGGCCAUUCGCGAAGAACGCAAGGUCAUUGUUCGCUACCUUCUCGACGUCGCGAAUGCCGACCCCAACGCCCCUGGCGAGCACUUGCCCAUUGUCAAAGCCCUCCGCCGCUACUCAGGCGACACAGAGAUCAUCCAGAUGUUGCUCACACGCGGCGCGGACAUCAACAAGAUGCACCGCGGCUGGAAUGCUAUUCUGCAAGCCGUCGAGAACGGCGAUGCUGAGAUCCUCAAGCUUCUGAUCGACAUGGGUGGCACCGUCGACCUUCAACUACUCGACGAAUCCGGCCGCGCCGUUAUUGACAUUGUCACUGAGAGGGGCUGGGAAGAGGGCCUUGCGCUCCUCUUCCCGAAUGCGUCCAGCAGUCCGAAGGCCAACGUCUCAAAGGCCAGGUAG